GUGUGACGUCACGUUGGGGGAUGGAGAGUGACGAAAAUAACAAACAGGCUGUUUCUGGGUGUGGGGGUUGAUAACUGAAGGACGAGCUUCGACUCUUACUACAUUUAUUUAACUUGUGUCCUGUUAUUAUUAUUUUUGGGGGCUUUAAGUUAUUAUUUCGUGCCUGUUGAGGCUGGGUGAGAAACUUGUCCUGUAAUUUCUCGCAACAGAGCUGUGAACUGAGGGGACGGAGAGACAUGGCUCAGGAGACAAAUCAGACCCAGGGGCCCCUGCUGUGCUCCACUGGCUGUGGUUUCUAUGGAAACCCACGCACCAAUGGCAUGUGCUCCAUCUGCUACAAAGACUUCCUGCAGAGGCAAAACACCAACGGCAGGGUCAGUGAGACAGUAUCGGUGCCUGCCGUGUCGCCCAGCCUGAGCAGUUUAGAGGAAUCUCUGUCUGCAUCGUCCACCUCCGUUACUCCCGAAGUAGUCACACGAGAGGAUGAAGCUUCAGGAGCUGCAGUCCAAGAAGAGCCAAAAACACAAGAAGUAACAGCCUCGGGAUCAGACACAUCCACACAGUCAGCCACCCCCGAGCCAGACAAAUCCAAACCCAAAAAGAAUCGCUGCUUUACCUGCCACAAGAAAGUUGGCCUGACGGGUUUCGACUGCCGUUGUGGAAACAUGUUCUGUGGUGUUCACAGAUACUCUGACGUCCAUAAUUGCACCUUCGACUAUAAAGCUGAUGCUGCUGAGAAAAUCAGGAAAGAAAACCCAGUUGUCGUUGGCGCAAAAAUCACAAAGAUCUAAAACAUGGCUCAUGGACAACCCUUAGUCAUUUUCCCCUACUUCCCUUCUACCUUCACCCCACAUUGCACAGUGGACCUCUGAACAAUACCAGCACAGACCCUUGAAUCGUACAUACCACACAGGAGUACUUUUUUUUUUUUCCCCUUUUCUUUUUUUAAGCAAAUAUGUUUUCCUUUGAAUUUAUCAUUAUUGUUUUGUGUGAAAAUGUUACAGAAAUCUAGAUUUAUACAAUUGUAUUAUAUUUUAAUUUCAAUGACUAACAGGGCUAUGGUGAGACUACUUGAGGGGCGGGUCUUUUCUCAAGUCUAUAAACAAAGAUUGCAUGUUAAACAAGCAAGGAUAUUUUUCUUUAGAUAAAGAAUAUAAACACGAGUGGCAGAUUUAGUUUCACAUUAACGGCUUAAAAGCAUGCGAGGAACAUUUUAUCAGCUGGCUUUGCCCUCUAAAUUUUGUUAAAUGAUUUAAGAGUUUAUAAUCAAUAAUAUAGAAAGUGGCAUGAGUGUGUAAGCAUGUGUACAUGUAUACUGAGUUGCCUUUACAGAUAUAGAGUUAGAGGCUGUAUCACAUCUGUCAGGCACAAUUUGUCAGUUCCCUGAUGGUAAGGAACUUGAAGGAACGCUUCAUGACCACAUCUGAUCAGAUACUUUUUUUGGGUAGUUGAUCCUUCUCAGCACAGCACUGGCAUGGUAGCCAUACUGGUAUGACUGUAUUAGAUCAUCUCCAUUGUUGGGGUUUUGAACACUGUUUACAUUGAUCUUGUCAGUCCAUCAUACAGAGAGACUGAAGCUAAUCCUUUGUGUGUUAACUGUUCAGUGAAUGUUGGUUUUUGACCACACUUCCACUGUUUUUUUUUAAUUCAGCAGGAAUAUUGAACAAUGCUGAUGCACCUGAUACACUCAUGUCAUAGCAUGUAUAUGUAUAUGAACACACAGAUCUGAUCAGCAGUGGUCCCGUGGUGGUGUGUUUCCUCUGAUGGAUGAAUCAGAGGGGGCCUGUAUACGCAAACUGUGCUUAGUAACAGAUCAGGUACAAUCUGACUUAUAUGGUAAAUAAAAUAGCAACUCAUUGUGUGUGUGUGUGUGUGUGUGUGUGAUUUUGGUAUUAUGAAGCUGGAGAUGUUAAUUAAUCUGUAUUUACUUUAUUAGUGACCGAUUGUUUUCCCUUAAAGACUAUGACUAAUUCAGUUAUUAUUCAAAAUUAUUGUAAUGUGACCACUGAUGAUGAUGAUGAUGAUGAUGAUGAUGAUGAUGAUGCGUGUU